AUGGCUGAAGGCGAGGAGGACUUCUCCUCUCUGCCACUGCCCGAGCGCUUCGCUCACAAGAAUUGGAAAGUUCGCAAGGAAGGAUACGAGGAUGCCAAAGCACAAUUUGAAAAGACUCCUGACGAAUCGGACCCUGUGUUUACGCCAUUCCUACAGGACCCUGGGCUGUGGAAAGGGGCAGUAGCAGACUCGAAUGUGGCGGCGCAAGUAGAAGGUCUAGGGUCUUAUUGUGCUUUCUUGAAAUUUGGCGGAGUACAAGCGUGCACGAGGACGCGACCUCACACAAUCGGGCCGAUCGCGGAAAAGGGUCUCCCCUGCGCCAGACCAGCGGGUAAAGCGAGCGCUCAGGAAGCCCUUCUAUUAUGCGUCGAAAUCGACGCAGCCGGUCCCGUCCUCGAAGACCUUCUACCUGUACUUUCCCAUAAGGUACCUAAAACGAUCGCUGGUGCUCUCGCGGCACUGACCACGCUCUAUCACAACUUUGGAUGCAAGAUUGUGGACCCAAAACCGACACUGAAAGCGCUACCGAAAGUAUUCGGUCAUGCUGACAAGAACGUUCGAGCCGAGGCCCAGAAUCUGACGGUUGAAUUAUAUCGAUGGCUGCGGGAAGCUAUCAAGCCCCUCUUCUGGGCGGACCUGAAGCCAGUGCAGCAGCAGGACCUGGAAAAGCUAUUUGAAAAUGUGAAGCAAGAAGCCCCACCCAAACAAGAGCGAUUCACCCGGGCACAGCAGGAUGCUAUGGCCACCGCCAGUGCAUCUCCAGGGGCUGGCGAUGGCGGGGAAGACCAAGGUGGUGAGGAAUAUGCCGAGGAGGAACCAGAAGAGGUGGACGUAUUUGAUCUGGCCGAGCCUGUCGACGUUAUGCCGAAAGUACCCAAGGAUCUACAUGACCAGCUCGGUUCAUCAAAAUGGAAAGACCGAAAGGAAGCCUUGGACGCUCUUUAUACUGCCAUUAAUGUGCCCCGCAUCAAGGAUGGUCCUUACGAUGAGAUUGUGAGGGCUUUAGCCAAGUGCAUGAAAGACGCCAACAUUGCCGUCGUUACAGUCGCUGCCAACUGUGUCGAUCUACUGGCAAAGGGAUUACGCAAUGGCUUCAUGAAAUAUCGAUCUACAAUUAUGGCACCUAUGCUAGAGCGUUUGAAGGAAAAGAAGCAGUCUGUGGCAGACGCUCUGGGUCAGGCAUUGGAUGCGGUCUUCUCAUCAACGGAUCUCUCAGAUUGCCUGGCGGAGAUUCUUGAGUUCCUCAAGCACAAGAACCCACAGGUAAAGCAGGAGACUCUCAAGUUCUUGAUCCGCUGCCUUCGCACGACCCGCACUGUACCAGCCAAGCCAGACAUCAAGGCAAUCGCCGAUGCAGGUACCAAAGCAAUGACAGAGUCUACCGAGGCCCUCCGAUCUGGGGGUGCAGAAAUCCUGGGUACGCUGAUGAAGAUCUUGGGCGAAAGAGCCAUGAACCCUUACCUUGACGGGUUGGACGAGAUCCGAAAGACCAAGAUCAAGGAGUACUUUGAGACUGCAGAGGUGAAGGCCAAGGACCGCCCGAAGCCGAUCGUUGCUCCUCCCAAGCCCGCCGCGCCCGCUGCUCGGAAGGCACCUCCAGGAAAGAAGCCUGCUCUCGGAAUGAAGAAACCGGCUCCUGCGGCCGCCGCUCCCCCUCCUGUGGAGGAGGCUCCAGCCAAGCCAGCCCCCAAGACGAUUCCCUCCAAGCUUGGAAAGCCCGGUCUUGCUCCUCCUGGAGCAGGCCUCAAGCUCCAGCGCAAGCUUGGUGGUCCAGGAGGUAUUGCGUCGCCGCAGAGACGGGUCAUCUCUCCCCCGACGGAAGAAGCAGCACCUCCCCCGGCUGCCCCCAAGUUUGGUCUUGGACGUGGCCUAGCAGGCCGUCCCAUUGCCAAACCUGCAGCGCCUCCUGAGCCGGCUCCGGCUCCGGCUCCCGCAGUGAGCGCGAUGUCAGCGGCAGACCGUGCGGAGUUGGAGGAACUCCGAGCAGAGAAGGACAGAUUCAUUCGAACAAUCGAAGACUUGAAGACGGAGCGCUCUAAGUUCAACUCGCAGAUUACAGAGCUGCAGAACCAGAACGCACAAUUGAUUGAGGAUCAUACCAGGGACGUACUGAGCAUCAAGGCCAAGGAGACACAGCUGGUUCGCGCGCGGAGUGAUGCCGAAGCCGCGGAGCAAAAUGUCCAGAAGCAGCAACGCGAGAUUGAACGGUUAAAGCGCGAGCUAGCACGAGCUCUUCGCGCGUCGGCGAUGAGCCCGCCCAACGCUGGGUCCGAAGCUGGCAGCCUCGGCAUUCCAGACUCUGCCUCUAUCUACCAAGAACCUGCCGGGAACGGACAUAUUGGUCGCACAGGUUUGCACCUUGGAUCUCGAUUUGAGAGCACACGGCCAAGAAGCUAUGCCUCGGCCAGCCCAAGUGAGGAGAAGGAAAACAAUGGGCUUGAAUCACCAGGAGGAUUGGGCAGCCGAGAUGGUGGCCUGGGCCUAGGCCGACGUAAGCUCAGUCCUACCUACGGUCUUUCUGGAAUCGGAAGCCCAACACGCUCAUCUCGGAGCUCUACGCAUGCAACCGAAGACGAAGGUGCGCCUCGGUCUGCAGAACCUGCCGAAAACUGGAAGCGUGCUGCGGAGGUGACAAGCCAGCUGAAAGCGAGAAUCGAACAAAUGAAGGCUCGCCAAGGGCUGUCACGGCCACCCGCGCACCGUUAA